AUGGAACUCAAUAUUACCCAGGUACUCACCUGCGCCUUGACUCUCAACGUUCAGCGCUUAUAUGGCAGGGGAAUCCAUUCAAAGUUCCUCGUCCGUGCGCUUGCGUCACCUUCCGAGUACACUGUCUCGUUCAUUGUCUUGAAUCUGCUCGGCCAUUCUAAUCCCGAUGAUAUGGUAAUUGGAACGAUACACUCCAUACGAGAGAGUGUUAUCAAUAUAUCGGAGACGUUCAGUACGGAGGCGCCAUCCAUGACGCAGAAUACGACGAUCAUUCCGACCGUCGAACUAGUACUUGGCACAAUUACCUAUCUAGUAAUCAUAACGAUGACCGUUGUGGGCAACACCUUGGUCGUAGUUGCAGUGUUCAGCUAUAGGCCUCUGAAAAAGGUCCAGAACUAUUUUCUCGUCUCAUUAGCUGCAUCAGAUCUGGCCGUGGCCAUAUUCGUCAUGCCGCUUCACGUGGUGAAAUUCCUUGCCGAUGGCCGAUGGCUACUUGGAAUUCCGAUUUGUCAGCUUUUUACCACCGCCGACAUACUACUGUGUACAUCAUCAAUACUGAACCUGUGCGCUAUUGCUAUCGAUAGAUACUGUGCAAUACAUGACCCAAUAAACUACGCACAGAAACGCACGUUACGCUUUGUGUGUUGUGUGAUUAUUACGACGCAAUUAUUUCAGGUCUGGGUGCUAUCUGUAAUAAUAUCAGUGCCUCCAUUGAUCGGAUGGAAUGACUGGUCAUCACAGAAGCUUCGAGAUCACUGCGAACUCUCAUCAGAAAGGGCAUUUGUCGUUUUCUCAGCAUCGGGCUCAUUUUUUCUACCUCUCCUUGUGAUGGUUGUCGUCUAUGUGAAGAUCUUCAUAAGUGCACGGCAGCGAAUACGAACGAAUCGAGGACGAAGUGCUCUGAUGCGUAUACAAAACGCUUCCGUAGAAGAACGUGGGGAUCGUAGGAGUUCGAAGCGAUUCUCAGUCGAAAGUGCCAAGGCUGGUGGUCGUGUUGGUGAGAAAACUCCUCUCGUUCAUACGGAAGGCACAUCAGUGGUCACCGUCGUGCCAAGUUCGCUGCCUGAUGGUGUCAACAUCGAUCAAACGACGAGAACAAUGAGGUAUCACAACAAUGGCUGCGCUAGGCGAGAUGUUGCCGGGAAAGACAACGCGGUAAGUUUCAGUAUGACUAAUCAGUAA